UCCUGGAAGUUUGGUUUUUCAUUGAGAAUAUCCGUUUCUUGCUAUGGCUAUUGCAGGUAUGAUGAUGCAUUCGACGGUGUUUUAUUAGCUUAUAAUGUUCAUGGUCCGGAGAACAAAGGGCGAAUCCUUCCCGGUGUUCAUCCGUUCAUUGCUGUGAAACUAGAAUCUAAAUUACUAGUCUUUUUGCCUAAGCAAGACAUGCUUUUAGAAGGGAAGGUGGUGAAAGUGAAUGAACAACUUAUUCAUGUCAUCGUUUUUGGUUUCUCAUCGGCUAUAAUAACAGAUGAAGAUGUCCGCAACGAGUUCAAAUACGAGACGGUAUGUUAA